ACGUCACCGUAUUUUUCUAGACGCAGCUGACGAUGUAAACAAGAGAAGACAGUCGAGGGCAACAGGGAUCAAGUAGGCCGGUGUCGCCGCAAAUGAUAGCCAUUACACACUCAUAAACGGCUGACAUGGGGCUGCCUGUUACUAUUAAAGUCAAUUUCCGGGGGAAUGUGAAGAGAUUUCUGGCUCAGGAUUUGGACAAAUUGGAGUGGGAAUCCGUUGAAGCCUGGAUCAAAGCAUCUUUCGGGAUCAACCAUUUUCAAGUCAAAUACUUUGAUGAGGAUAAUGAAGAGAUAUGCAUAAACAGUCAAGAUGAAUAUGAAGAAGCCAUCAAGAGUGCCGAGAAGCAGGGGAACCAGUUGCACAUGAACGUGUACAAGAUGAAAGGGCAGGCCUGUGGAGGCCCCCUGAAGACGGAGGUGAAGGAGCUGAAAGGAGACCUCCGGCCUGCUCCUCCGUACCCGUCGAGGGUCAAAACCGUGGACAAAGGCACACAGGUCACCCCGGAGAGAGAAGCUGUGACAGUAAAGGACACCAAGGGGAACAAACCGGAAGAUGAGCCACCUCCCAUGUGGUUCAGAUCCUACAUGGAGAAAUUUAAAGAUGAGGUGGUGAAAGAGGUAGUGGAAAGGAUGUGCAGUGACUUUUCCGGCCAGUGUUGUACCCACAAAUCAUCUGAUGGGCCCCAUGAGGCCGGCGGGGCUAUUGGCGGUCCAAUAGGGCCCCGGCCGGGCCCCUCCACCGCUAAUGGGUCCCUUGGCUACACCCCAAACUGCAGCAGCUGCAACAAACUCACCUCUGAUGGGGCCUACAAGUGCAGUGUGUGCCCAUCCUGCAUCCUGUGUGAGAUGUGCAGACAUAGCCAUGACCCCAGCCACAACCUCGUGAGAACCAAGACGCCUCUCUCCAUCCCCGAGCACGGAAUGUCGGGAGAGCUGAGGUUCCCAAGGCGAGGAGACAGGACAGUGCGCAAGGCCGAGCGACAGCGCCUCAAAGCUGAAAGGAGGCAGCUAAGAGCUGAAGUGAAGGAAAUCAAGAAGAAACUGAGACUGGAGAAAAGGGGGCUGCAGUGGAGUGGGCCCUCUACCUCAGGCAGAGCCAACCUGACAAACAUGGCCUCCGCAUCAACACAGGUCCCAGCCCUGCCCCCCCCUGCUGCCUCAGAAACAGCCUCAGGUCCAGCCCCAGCCCAAGGUCCCAUCCCUGCCCCGGUCCCUGAUCCCCAGGCCUCCAGUCCAGAGGGUCCCGGGGUCUCGCACACGUCCUUGGUGCCCACUAUGGCCGCCUUGUUUCUGGAUGAAAAUCUGCCGGACGGCACCCGUCUGGAGCCUGGUACCAAGUUCAUCAAAUACUGGAAGAUGAGGAACUCGGGCACUAUCAGCUGGACCUCAGAGACUAAGCUAGCGUUCAUGUGGGGAAACCUCAGCCUGGCGUCAGAGGAGAAGAGGGAGGUGCCGGUCCCCUCGCUGCUGCCCGGACAAGUGGGAGUGGUCAGUGUGGCCUUUGUCGCUCCCGUGAUGGAGGGGACGUACACCUCCCACUGGCGGCUGGCGCACUGCGGGUGUCAGUUUGGCCCGCGUGUCUGGUGCAGCAUCGUGGUCGAACAUGGCGACAGCCGCAGCGCUCUCAGGCAUCAGAGCAAUCGACUGAAGGAGGAGCUGAGGCCAGUGGAGAAGGAGAAGGAGGUUAGGUCCAAGGACAGCGGCCCUGGCUUGUCUGUAGACCUGAACCAUGAUGACUACUACUUCCCUUCGGUCGACCUGCUGACUGCACAGGAUCUACUGUCAUUCGAGCUGCUGGAUAUAAAUAUUGUGCAAGAGCUGGAGAAGGUUCCCAAUAACACGCCUGUGGACUUGACGCCCUGCAUAUCCCCUCUGCCCCAUGACGCACCAGUGUUGGAGAAGGCCAUCGCUUCACAGAUAAAAGAAGACGCAGAGGUCACAGGGGUCAGAAAACUGUUUGGAGCGAAGCUGACGCAGCAGAGGGAGCUGCUGGAGCCUGUGGCCCAGGAGGAGGACAAGGAGGAGGACAUCAGCGGGGCCCAGUUCCUCUGUGAGACCGUCAUCCGAUCCCUCACCAUGGAGGAAGCCCCUGAUCACAGACCUCUGCGCAGAGCUCAGCACAGCAGCCAAAAACCACAGGCUGUUUCCCGAGGACCCAGCUUUUGCUUCAAGACAGCUGAGACUUUGCAAGAAGGAAACGAAGAGAUCUGUGCAGUAAGACUUGAGAGUUCAGCUCUGCCUCCCGACACUGGACUCAGUCAGAUCGACCAGGAAGAGGAGACAAAGCCAGUUCUUCUGCUGGAACCAGCGAAUGAAAACCUGCGUCUCAGUUCAUGUCUUGGUAACGAGGAUGAAGACGUCAUGGGCUUAGAUGACAUUCAGAACUUGAGAGACACUCAAGUAGAGAAAGAUGGGGGUGCAACCAGAGGAGAAGACUGGGAAGAGGUCAGCAGCCAGACCUCCUCAGUCUCCUCCUGUGACGAUUACAUCAUUGUCCUCCCAGACUGCUUCGACACCAGCCGGCCUCUGGGCGAGUCCAUGUACAGCUCUGCCUUGUCGCAGCCCGACACGUCUGCUGCUGCGAAUGUAACCAGUCCAGACAUACUGCAGGAGAAGGAAACUGACUCGGCUCCCAAGUCAAGCAGGGCAGCACCACCGAGGGAGGAGCAGGAGAGCACAGAGGAGGUCAGUGCUGAGGAUUCACUGGUGAACACGUGGCCUCCGGCUGUCCCUCCCACCCACAGCAGUGUCAGCCAGAUGCUGUGUGCCUCCCAAAACCUUGAUGCUGUGACGCUCACCCCUGAAGUGGUGCCACCGCCGGCGCUGCCCGACCCCCUGCUGCCCCCGCCGGCCCUCUACUCACCCAGGUCUGAGGCACUGUACCUGGCUGAGGACCCCAGUCCUCCCGUUGAUCCAUAUGAGCCACACCAACCGAGGGUCCACCUAAAUGUGUCAUCUGGUCUGUCAAGAUCAGCAGGCUCAGCAUCCAGUGCCUUUGAGACCUAUAACCCCAGACCCAGCAACGCUUUGCAGCCAAGGGGCCAAGGAGGCAUCACGGAGGGGUUUGUCAAGGGGGCCCUUUCUGUGGCAGCGUCUGCUUACAAAGCUCUCUUCACUGGACCAAAUUGUUCAAUUCAGCGAGGCAUCGACCCAGCCACCCGACAGGACCCAUCCAUGAUGGCGAUGCUGCUGGAAAUGGGCUUCAGAGACCAGCGGCUCAACCAGCGGCUGCUGAGGAAGCACGGCUACAGCCUGCUGCACACGGUCAACGAGCUGGUGCAGAUGGCCGAGGACAGCCAGAACAAGGCUGUCAACGCUCAGCACUGAGGGAGGGAAAGGCGACGGCGAGGAUGUAAAGGACUGACGGGAAGUUGUUUUGCUUUCAAAGUAAAGAGAAUAUUUAGAUAACGACCUGCUUAUCUCUCGCCCUUUUCGGUGUCUAGAUUUAUUUUUUAAUUGCUUGAAAGAAGAGACAGAGGAAACCUAUUAUGAUUCAUGCAUCUGAUUUGAUUUUUAGAAAGCGGAUCGUUUGUUUGGAUCAGCAGUCAUAACAAGACACCAAGAUCACGCAAAGCAUAAAAAUGAAAGAGGAACAUUUAUUUCUAGAAAUUCGCUUCUCCUGCCUUUGCCUUUAAUUUACCUUCAAAGUAAUUGAAUUAAUCCACAAACCAUGCACACUUGUAAAUGAUUAUGAGUACUCAUUAAAAUGCCUUGUUUACCUGGGCCAGAGAGCCUUACCUGUUGGUCAGAAGGAGCAGGAGCUGCAUUUGAGUGCGCAUUUCAGCUCUUCGUCUUAGUGUUUGUGUGGCUGUCGUAGCUGCUUCCUCGGCGCUGAAAAAAACUUGUCUUUCUCACAAACAGAGCCGUGAAAAUAAAUAUCGCUGAAUGUCACGAAAAGAUAGAAAUGUUCUGAAAAAGCAGCCAGCUUGCAUUUAGGACCAUGCUACCGAAGCUACACGGAUGUUCUGGGCGUUAAGGGUCAGCAGCGCAGUAGUGAGAACAACAGAUAUUUAGGACUUUUUCUCGAUUAUCGUAGUGAAAUCUGCCUAAACAAUGCAAUUUUUUCUGUAUCAGAGUACUGUUAUUUUAGACGUUGACAUGUGGAAUGUAUACAAAACUGUCCGAACGGGUCGCUGUUCGGACUCGGAUGUUUUCUACUGCUUUUUAGGAGACACCUGCAUGACAGGUAGAGGCUUUAGAGAUGAGUCGUGUUCUCGUGGUCUUAGCACAGUCACAGUGGAAAAUGUCCCGCUUUGCAUUUUCAAACCCCCCCCACCCCCAGCCCAACCACACACCUCCACCCCCAGCCCAACCACACACCUGCACCCCCCAGCCCCAACCACACACCCCCCCACCAGCCCCAACCACAAUCACACACACCCCCCAGCCUGCAUUCUCACAUGUCGUUAUUCAACCACAAGCCCAGCAACAGUCACAUAGCAUUAAUUCAGGAUGUCUCUAACAACACAUUCCUCAAUCUUAUAGCGGAACCAAGUAUAUUUUAUUACAUUACAUUGCCUUUAUGAGAGAUGAUUAUCAGUUUACUGAAAAAUACAUGUUGUGAUUUGACAUUCGUGGCGUGUGUGUGUGUGUGCGUGUGUUUGCAGAUUUAAGUUGAUGUUAAUUUGAAUUAUUCCUCCUGCGUGUGUGUGGUUGAGGAGUUUUUGAACCAUAUUUUUUCCUGUCAUGUUUUAAUGAAUCAUGCUCUAGAGAAUAAUUCUGAAUACUAUCUACUUCUGUAUGCUCGUCAAAUUACUCCUCUGUCACCGAGUGUAUAUGUUAAAUACCCUUCAACUGUCAAUCUGCCAAUAAACUAUUUGCACAUC